AUGUACUUUGAGGUACAUAACCGUCACCAAAAUUGCUAUGUAUGGGUAACGUCUCCAGCUCAUGCUAAUCAAUUAAAAUGUUAAUCCAUUAAAACACACAUGACGCAUGGAGAUACAGAAGCGUCCGUGAUUAAUUACCACAAUUCCUUAGGCAUCUAAUGCAUGAGGCACAUCAAGCACACUUUCUCUUCAGCUGUGCUUUUCUCACCUUACUAAAAGCAAAAUACCCGCUUCAAACAUGAAUAGACUUGGAAAGAAUCGAGAACCAGAAUCCAUCACUGCACCACCUCAAAGUAGUGAUGAAGAGGAGGAUUAUCGACAACGCCAAAGCGAUCACAAUAGCUUGCACGACUCUGAUUCUGACAACAAUGAUAGCCGAUACAAAGAUAUAAAGCCCACGAUUUUUAGUAGCUCGCAAAAGGGUGGGCCUUCUAGCUCGGCUGGUUCAAAGAGAUCAUCUGAAGAUGUUGCUCUAGAGGCGGGCAAUCACUUCACGAAUGAGUAUGACAUUUUGAGAAAUAAGAAGAAUAAGCCAACUAUCGCCAGGCGUGUCAAAACUUAUGGCAGUAGAUCUUCUCAGCCUGGACCUUCACAGAGGAGAGCAUCACAAAAAUCCGGACCUAAAUCUUCAGUAUCACAACUUGAGAAUGACUCACGCAAAUCAUUUAGGCCGUUUAAAACCAGUCCAAGCCCCGAAGGUAUUCGGUCACCUCCAGCGAGGCGGUUUAUAAAACCCGAGAGUAUCAGCCCAGAGAAGACAAAGCCCUCUAAAGCUUUCAUCAAACCUUCAUCCUUGUCAGGUUCUAGUCCAAGUCGAGACACCAAGAAACCCAUAUUUAGACGUGGCAGUUUAUCGUCAGAUGAAUCACUAUCGAAGAGCAAACCCAAAAAGCUUGGUCCAGAAGAAUCAAAUGCAGCAGUAGAAGCAAAGCCAACUUUGCCGCCUGGUAGGAUAAAAAAGUCGAUGAGAUCUAAAAAUAAAAAACGAAAAUCCCUCCACGAACCUGCGGUAGAUGAAUUCUCUCAGAGACCAGCUUUUAAGCUGCAUGCUUUAGAUGAUCUUGACGACCUAGCCGACAGCGACGAUAUGGUCCCUGACGUGUUUGGGAGUAAAGGUUCCGAUGACGAAGCAGGCGAUGUCAGUAUACAAAGCCCACUAGCUAUCACGGCGAGGUGUCCUAUGUGUCAUGAAGUAGUCGACGCCGAGCUUCUGGCGAAGCAUUCAGAUCACGGCAGAAUGAACAUAAAGAAACAGGCAGCAUUCUGCAGAUUGCACAAGCGGCGGGCAGCGUUGGAUUCUGGAGCUCGGAAAGGAUAUCCCAAGAUUAAUUGGGAGAAGCUUAAUACACGAUUAGACAUGUACCAAGGUUUAUUGAAAGAAAUCUUGGAAGGUACUCGACAAUCACACUAUCGCGAGCUAUUACGAGAGAACGUCGAAGCGGGAAAGAAUCGAACGUUGCUCAAGACCGACGACAGCCUUACACCAGGCUACUAUGGGCCGCAUGGGCUCCGCGUUAUGACUGAGUAUAUCCUGCGGACUUUAUCGUCAGUUAUUCGAAAGCGUGCAGUUGAAGACAGACUCGUUUCCGCCAGAGGUUAUACAGGAUAUGUCCAGGCAGUGUUGGUGCCCGAGUUAGCAGUCCGCCUGAUCAUGGAGGACCUGGACAUUGCGGAGGAAAAGGCGCGGGAUAUCAUGCUGGAAAGUAUCGAUGUCGGAGAGCUCUUAUAUGAAGACACUGGUGAUGUUAUUGCCGGCAUUAGUGAUGAAGAGGAAAUAUGAUAGUAGGAUCCAAAGAACUGGAAAACCUACGUUGAGAAGAGGUAAUCACAGUACGAUAAAUAAGCAUAUGCGUUCAUCUAAAUGUAGACGAUUAGGGCUGUCACACUGCAGCCCGAUCUUCUAUAUAUCAAAAGCUCUGAUUGGGCUAAUGUUAUUAUGCGCAUUAGCUCUUUAGGCACUACAUGUUAGCAUAUGUAGAUCGUGCAGCAAAUGCUAAAGAAAUCAUUCUGUCGUUUGUCAAAUUUAAUUGUAUAGAUCGUUAUCCCGGUGUCCCAAAAUCAAAUACGCGUGCAAAUUAUCGGUUUACAGACUUUUGGUAAGCUCAUCUUUUUAGAGUGAUAGGUAGUUCAUAGCUUUUUGAACACCCCUUUAACCCAUUGAUUGUGAGAUCGUCUUGGGAUAGAACAUAGAACAUAAUAUUAUGAUACGUAUUGGUGCUAAG